AUGUACUCGUUGAGACAGAGGACUGGUUAUUUGUUAUUAUCAAAUUUCAAAAGAGUUAGAACAAGUCCUUGCUUGUCGAAUAUGGCUCAACAACAAACAUUGGGGAGGUUCUUUGGGCGCUCAUUUUCAGAGGCUAAUAAUAAUACUACUAGUACUAGCACAACCAAGCCAUUGAAGAGAACUAAUGAUAAGAUUGUAUCACCCGAGUCCAGUGCAAAGAGACCAAAAAAUGAAAAGUUUGAUGAGGUGAAGGAAGAGGAAGAGGAAGAGGAAAAGGAAGAGGAAGAAGAAAAGGAAGAAGAAAAGGAAGAGGGGGAGGAAAGUAAUUUAAAGGAAGAUUCAGCUUCAGAAGAUUCAAAUUCAAAAUCUGAAGCAGAGACUUUAAUCAAAUUGAGCGAAGAACAACAACAAAAUGCAAAAACAGACAAGUCCUUAUCGGGAUCCAAAAUCCCAUAUUCAUCAUUAACUGAUAUGUUUGAAAAAGUCGAGCAGGAAUCUUCAAGGUUGAAAAUAACUGCACUUAUCUCUGAAUACUUUUUGGAGGUUUUACAGCAGCAAAAUGAUGUUUCGAAAUUGAUCAAGAUUAUCUAUUUAUUAAUUAAUCGAUUAGGACCGGACUAUGAACCCGACUUGGAGUUGGGUCUAGGAGAAACGCUCUUGAUCAAAGCCAUCAGUGAAUGUUAUGGUCGUACGCCAGCAAAAAUCAAACAGGACUACAAGGAAGUUGGAGACUUGGGAUUAGUAGCACAAAAAUCCAGAUCAGGCCAGCCAACUAUGUUCAAACCAGCAACUUUAGAUAUCGACACGGUUUUUGACAAUUUAACCAAAAUUGCAAAAUCUACAGGAAAAAACUCCCUGCUGAAGAAAAUCGGUUUAAUAAACAAGAUGUUGACUGCUUGUGAAUUGAAACAUAAUGAAGCCAAGUUUCUUGUACGCUCAUUAGAAGGAAAAUUGAGGAUUGGUUUAGCUGAAAAGACGGUGCUUAUUGGAUUGGCCCAGGCCUUUGUUAAUUACGAAAAUUGGAAAUUGCACGAUGGACAAAAGAGAAGGAUAGACGCGUCCAAGCUAGCAGCGGCAGAGGAUAUUAUCCGCGAAGCGUUUUCAAGAAUCCCAAACUACGAAAUCAUUAUUAAUAAUGCUUACAAGUACGGAAUCUUCAAUUUAUUAGAACACUGUCAAUUGACACCAGGCAUUCCCUUAAAGCCUAUGUUGGCAAAACCGACAAAAUCAAUGAGUGAAGUUUUGGACAGAUUUCAGGAUGAGAAGUUCACUUGUGAGUACAAAUACGAUGGAGAAAGAGCUCAAAUACAUUUGUUUAACGGUGAAGUUAGGGUAUACUCGAGAAACUCUGAAGACAUGUCACAACGGUAUCCGGAUUUAAUAUCAAUCAUUAAGGAGUUUAGCAAGACUCAAGAGCACACUUCAAUGAUUUUGGAUUGUGAAGCUGUGGCAUGGGACAGAGUCAAUAAGAAAAUUUUGCCUUUUCAAGUUUUAUCCACUAGGAAAAGGAAAGAUGUCAACGAAAAGGAUAUUACAGUGCAUAUUUGCCUUUUUGCAUUUGAUCUAUUACUCUACAACAAUGACUCAUUGAUAACCAAGUCUCUUCAACAAAGAAGAGAGAUUAUGUUCAAACAUUUGAAGCCAAUUGAAGGCAAAUUUCAAUUUGCAACAGCGAAGGACUCUGCAUCGUUAGAGGUCUUGCAGCAAUUCUUGGAACAAAGUGUUAAAGACUCCUGCGAAGGUUUGAUGGUGAAGAUGUUGGAAGGUACUGAAUCGUAUUAUGAACCAUCAAAGAGAUCUCGAAAUUGGUUGAAAUUAAAAAAGGACUAUCUUGAAGGGGUUGGUGACUCACUAGACCUUGUAGUUAUUGGAGCAUACAAUGGCCGAGGGAAAAGAACUGGAACAUAUGGUGGCUUUCUAUUAGCUUCUUAUAACCAAGACACAGGUGACUUAGAAACCACAUGCAAAAUAGGUACAGGAUUUAGUGAUGAGGAUUUAACAAAUCUAUACCAGAAACUACACCCCACCGAGAUCCCCAAACCCAAGGAAUAUUUUGUUUACGAUAAAGCGAAUUCAAAUGCGGUACCAGAUGUAUGGUUUGAUCCAAGUAUGUUAUUUGAAGUAUUGACUGCGGAUUUGUCGCUCAGUCCUAUUUACAAAGCUGCUCAUUCCGAAUAUGGGAAGGGGAUCUCUUUGAGAUUCCCUCGUUUUAUCCGUGUACGUGACGACAAAAGCAUAGAGGACGCUACUAGCUCUUCUGAAGUGAGUGAGUUCUACCAACGUCAAGCACAUCUACUGUAA